AUGGUCGAAUUUAAUUUUGGAAUUUUGACAUUGGUAGAAUAUAUAAUAAAGCAGAUAAUGAGAGCGAUGGUAGACAACCCGGGCUUCGACAGAGUCCUGAGCAAGGUGGACGUUGUGUCAGCCACCCCGGGUAAGGUGGUGUGUGGGAUGCGGGUGGAAGAGGAGCACACUAAACGGGGAGGGACGCUGCACGGCGGGCUGACAGCCACCCUGGUUGAUGUCAUCUCCACCAUGGCCAUCAUGUACAGUGAGAGGGGAGCACCAGGAGUCAGUGUGGACAUGAACAUAACGUGA